UACGCUCAGAUAAGCUGUAAACGUUACCACAUCAUCUUUUCAACAUUUUUCUUGAAGUUUAAGUGAAAAAUUUGUGUUCAGAAAGAGGUAAUUCAUGAUUUUAAAAAUCACAUUUUGGUCACGUGACCAGAUACGAACUUACUUAUUUUAAGAAAAUGGUGCGGGUUUGAAAAACCAAAUCACCAUUAUUUUGUUUAAGGGAUGACCCUCUAAUCGUUUUCCGAAGGAAAAAUCAUAUAACUUUCAUUUUCAUAAAAACGAUGUCACAUAACCUCUUAGUGCAAUUAAUGGCCUAUUGCUCAAUUCAUUGUAGUUAAUAUAAAUAUCGAAAGUCUAAAGAUCCCAUCAUUUGCAAUACAGUUGAAACUCUCCUUGUGACCACUAUCAUAAGCAACCAGCUUUAAAGAAUACCUUUAUGAAAUCCCGUUUGAACUGUGACUCAAACUUUGUAAAAAAAGUGCCCGCGACCACUGAUUGGGAUUACCCAGCCAGACUUUUCCUUUGUUUUUAAGCUCUCAUAAGCAACCACUCAGUCUUUUAAGAAUUCAUAUAAAUCAAUGAAACUGCACACUGCACUAUAAUGGUUUGUUGAUUAAUAUCUUGUACAGUGCUGUGUUGUAUUUGUAAAAGUUUACGGUCAUUUCCAUAGCGACCAUUCUGCUUGCAUGGCAAAGACCACUCACAGAGCCUAUCGCCAACAUGAACACCUCUUCAAUUUGUAUAGAGACACUCAUUAAUUUAAACAUUAUUUCUUUAAUUGACAACCCUCUAUUGUUUACCAUGCAGUCACUUAGGACAAACCUCCAAGUUAAAGUGUUUGCCUUUGCAAAAUGGCGACCAAUUCUUUUGGUUUUUUAGGGAGACUUUUUUCUAAAUCAAGUUGUCAGCUUCAAAAUUUUAGGCACCAUGCCGACUAAAAUGGUUGCAACGUGUAGGGUUGUUAGGAGUUGAGCUCAUUCUUGUAAGCAACCAGCUCUAGUUACGACCACUUUUUUGAUUUUAUGAGGUGGUCGCUUAUAAGAGCUUUGACUGUAUAUAUUGUUUUGACAGUGAAUCACAAAGAGAUGCAAUAUACCAUGUUUUCAAGAAUGAAGAUGGCAAAGUACCAGUGGCCAGAUUUAUUGCAGUAAGGGAAAAAUCAAAAUUGUUAAUCAGUUAUCAGUGAUAAUCAUUCUAAGUAUGUAAGUAUGCAGUGCGGCCACAUUUUAAUUGUUUGGAGGUCUGGUUGGUUGUGAAGGUUGUCUAUUGGCAGAAUAGUAAAUAUUAAUAUCAUGUACUGUGGCUUGAUUGCCAGAGAUCAAAUUCUAAAUCUUUCAACAAAAGCAAAGUUGGUGCUAGAUCAACCUGUAUACCAACGUGUUUAAAUCUGAAGCUGGUAGACACUCUCUUCAUUACAGAGGGCCUCAUGUGCAAAACUUUAUUAAAGCAAAGUUACCGCACUUUUAAAAAACACAUGAAUUCUGAAGUUCAAAAGCCAACUGACAGUUGCGGUUUUUGGUGCCGUCUAUCACCUUAGGAAACAGAAGUUUGCUUCAAUGAUUUGUGAUUGGUGGACCUAAAUCCAUUUUUGUGUGUUUCUCUGUUUCAGGGUUCAUUGAUUCAAAUUGUAUUUUUAUUCUACUGUGAUUGAUGGUAGCAAAAAAUGCGUUCAUUUUGUAAAGGUGGCCUUUGAAUUUCAGAGUUUGCAUGUUUUUGAAAAUCACAGUAACUUCUCUGGAGUCUAUUGGUAUAUUAAAAUUAAUAAUCCAAAUAAUUUCUGGUGCUUUGAAAAAAAUCUGAGAAAAGCUUUCAUCCAUGAAUUUAAGAUAAAUGAAUAUUAUAUUUAGGCUUUAAAAGAAACUGGUUUGAGAGUGAGGGAUCCAAGACUGAAGGAGACAAUGAGCAAAUUUGAACAGUAUUUACAGCAAGAGAAUUUUGAAGGAUAUGUUGACAAAGAGACAUUCAGAAGGUAAAAUGCAUUGUUUUGACACAGCCAAGAAAACAACCAAAGGAUGUAACUGAAGAAACAUCACUAUCCUGCUCUAGAGAUAAUUAUGGAAAUUUAAGUUUGCUCAAUCCUUGGUGAAAGAAGCAUAUCCUUCUUUAAUCUUUUAUCGACAUCAUUGCCUGUAGUAAGCUAAAUCUGGCAACGGGCAGUCAGUCUUGAACCUGAGUGCUCAUAGCAUUGACUGCGAAGGUGAAAAUACAAAAAUUAAACGCUUAGGUUUACAAUUAAUUAAUUGCCACAUUCAGUAUAAAAAUAACAAUUUACUUGAAAGUAAUGUUCUCAGUGUCUUGUAAGAUCACAGUAAAGUGAAAGUUAGUCUUUUUUUGUUAAUAAUGUAAUAACUCAGGAUUGGUGAUGUAUCAAAAUUUCAGAUCCAUUCAGGAAAAUCUAAUGCUUAUUGAGGGUGCCCUUCAUGGGGAUUUUGUGAUUCCAGAGUUUGGUCAAUUCACGAAGCAUUUAGAGGAAAUAUAUCACCACUGUAAAGAAAAUGCUGGAGGGAAGGUUGGUAUGAAUGAUCAGGUGAAAGUUAAAAUGUAUAUUUCCCACUAUCACACAAGCAACAGGCAGACGUAUAUAUGCACUCUCUGCAAUAAGAGAUAUGGAAAACUUCACUCACAGAGAGAGACAACUACAGGCCAAUCUUUUAAUUUUAUAAUAGACAACAACAAGAAAGUGAGAAUGACAGAGGAAAGCAAGACAAGCACUUUGGCUUGCUUUACAACUUACGAACAAGACAUGUACUGUCUUUCUACUGUCCAAGCUGGGAUCUGACUAGAUCUGAACAUGAAAAAGACUGAUCUUAUCAUGAUUGAAAACCUACUUAAGAUAUUUGUCGAGCUGUAUUAUGGGCAAGAGACAAAUAUAGAAAAGAAAUAAAAUUAUGUGACUUUCAGUGCCUUUUUUUCUCCAUGCUGAACAUUACAGUGACACUGAAAAGGGUGAUUUUUUGCUUUGAAAGAUCCUUUCUCACUUUUCUGUAAGACGCCCUGAUUUUUUCCUACAUUAUACAAUUUUAUCCCAAGUGCCAAAUUUUCAGUGGCCAUUGAAUCUCUGUAAGUACAUGUAUCCCAAGUGAACUGAUCAGCUGGGUGUCAGAGCCAUAGCUAGCAAGGGAGCAAGGGGCCCCCCCGGACCUGUUAAGCCAGACACAUCAAGUCUGUGGAUGGAGUUGUUUUCGCUAGACUCAGUUAUUUUGAUUAUAGAGACUUGCAAUUUAUUGUUUGCCAUUUUCACAUUUGAGGUCGAUUUUUCGGAGACAUAUCUCAUGACAAGUGCUGAAAAUAGCAUUUUGGAGCUUCCAAAUUUGAAAACUUUCUUGGGGAGGAUACCCCCGGACCCCUCUACGAGGUUCUUGCUUUUUGGUGCUCACGAUAAUGCCCCCCCAUUACAAAAAACCUAGCUACAGCCCAGGGUGUGCCAUAGCUGUUAAAAUAAUAGCUACAGUCAACUCUCUCAUAACUAGCAUACACCACUCAAAGAUGGACACCUACAUGUAGUGCUGGGCCCAGUUGUUCGAAGGCCGAUCUAAGCGCCUAACCUGGGUUUCUUUUUCUUGUGUUCUAAAGCAUUUUGUCGGAUAAUUUUCUCUGUUAUUUUUAGAGCUUCCAAUUAUCAACCUGUAGACAAAAAGAAUUAAAACUAAAAUGCUUUUUAAGCUUUCAAACCUGAAUUAAAAUCUCACACUAACCCUGGGUCAUCUUAACCCAGCUUUGAACAACUCGGCCCUGGUCCAUGCUGUUUUUCAGCUAUUUUAUGGUAACUUUUCUCUCUACAAAACCGACAAUGGACACUUUUGAAACCAACAAUGGACGCUUUUGAAACCGACAACAGAUACUUGAGAAGUACUGUAUGCAGAGAAAAAUACCUCAAAAUAGAAACGUGGGUGCUCUAGAUGACAGUAGUUGCAAAAUUUUAAAUAUUUUGUAGUCUUUUCAGUUCUCAGAGUGUGUACUGCCACGCUGUUAGAUCAUGAAGCCGUGAAUGUUCACUUGCAUUGAUUGUUUGAUUGCUCACUAAGAAAAUAAUUCCACUUUUUGGUUACAAUGCUCCAGUUUAAACUGUCUUGCAUAAAUCAAACAGGCAUGUAUUCGUUGCGAAUGGAUGCAGCAUAAUUCUCACUGGUGUCACGUCACCUUGACCCUCUAUAAGCCAGACCAGAAACUUCUCUAGUAAGACAGUAACGUUGAAGCUGGUCCUUGCGGUAUCCGUUUUAGAGAGAAUGACUGUUCAGCUGAAAGUAUUCAUUUAUAUUUUAAAGCUUUUAUAUUUUGUCUUUAUUAUCUUUCUAUUUCAAGGUGGCUGAUUACAUUCCUCAACUGGCAAAGUUUGACCCUAAUCUGUGGGGCGUGGCAGUUUGUUCUGUUGAUGGGCAGAGGUAAGCAAGGCCUGGUUCAAAUGUUGCCUUUUAAAUGUUCUGAUCAGAAUUUAAUGCUAAUGAGGAAAAUAUCUUCUUCCUGCUCAUUUGCAUUACUUUUAGAAUGUUAAAAAAUUCUUAAAGAAAUUGCUAAAAAAAGAACCAGAAAUUUGAAAAAAAUAAUAUUUUCUUACUGUCAUUUUCUUUCUUACUAACUUUAGAUAUGGCCAUGUUAUUAGUUUUGUUCAAAGCCAUGCCUGAUCAUGAGUUGGUAUAUUAUAGUGCCACUUUCCCAUCAUAAAAAGAUGUUGGUUGGCAGAAACUUGACUUCAUCAGUUCACGAUUGAUGAUUUUUUUUUUUAAAUUUCACUCCCGCCAACCCCCAACACAGUGCUAGCCCCACAGUUUCUUUUAAAACUAAUCCCUUCAUGCGGAAUGUUUAACUCCUCUGGCAGUUGCUUUUAAAUUUUAACAUGAUUAAAAACCAUCCUCAUACAAUCUUUGCGACACUACAUUCAUUGCCAGAUUUGCUAUUGGAGACUACAAGGAUCACUUCUGCCUUCAGUCUGUAUCCAAAUGCCUUCAUUAUCCUAUUGUUUUAGAGGACCUGACCACAAAAGAAGUAAGUAUGAGGAGAAUCAGGGAAAAGAGUAAUGAACUAAAGAUGAGUGACAGUUAAACCUCCUGUAAUCUGUGGCCGAAAAUGCCAAGAGUUAGUGGUUGUGUAAGGGGGUGGUCACCUACGAGGGUCAAAAUGCAGGAGGUUUUUAAUGAGGAGAAGUCCAGACACAUCUAUUUUUUGAGAGAAUAUAUUACGUGCAAUUUUUGGAUCAAUUUAGCUAGGUUUCAAGGAGACUGCCCACCUACCCCUUCCCUAAGCUAACAUUUUACCCAAAGUAAGAAGUAUUAAAAAAUAAAGUGUUAACGUUAGCUUUGGGGAGGGGUAGAUGGGCAGUUUUCCAGAAAAACCUAACUUGUAAAUGUAUGUUGUUUUUACAAGUUCUUUUCAUACUCUCAUACUCUGAGUAGUGUGGUACGUACAGCAAACACAACGAUCAGACCAUUGUAUCAGGUGUUCGCUUAGAAGAGGUUAAAACCAUUAUGCUAAAGAAGUGGUCACAGUGUUUUUUUACAAAAGGUUGUCUGGGAAAAUUUUGGCAUUUUGAAUGAGUGGUUGCUUAUAGGGGGUGGUCAUUUAUGAAAGGUGUUCACACACAGAGGUUUGACUGUUAUUUACUAAUGUUGUGUGAUAACAAAAACUGUAGGUAGCUCAAAACCUCCGGAAAUUACCCAGCCUGUGAUAACAUGAAAUGACCAUGGUCCCUGCAAAGUUUUAUGCAAAUUAAACUUAUUUGUUUGUCACCCAAUGGCCAAAGUAAGUUGUCAGGUAAAGCUACUAGGUCUAAAACUUUCUUUCUUAGUAAUAGCCAGUGUAAAAAGUUCCUUAAAAUUCCAAAGAGUCAAGUGUGGGUAAGGAGUGUGUUCCAUAACACCACAGAAUUUUGUCCUCAGAUUUAAAAGGAUAUGACAAAUCAUCCUGCCUUAUAAUUUGGCCUGAGGAUUGAAGUGAUAGACUCCUGCCACUUCUAAAAACAUUUUUCAGUUUCUUUAAUAUUAUUACUUUUAACCUCAAAGUUUUAUAAACAUCAGGCUAUCUAUCUGAAUUUCUCAUGCUUCUUGUUUCCUCUAACAGGUUCACAAAUAUGUUGGACUUGAGCCAAGUGGGCAAACAUUCAACUACUUACACUUGAAUAAUAAUGGUUAGUUUAUAAUUCGACUAUCUCUUACCAGACCCCUCUAUAAGACGGACACCUCUGUAAAACAGAUACUAACUUAGAGUUGGUCCCUGCCUUUCUUUACUCCUUUUAUUUGACUCUCUAUAAGACGGGCAUCUCUCUACGAUGGACACUUAGUGCCGGUCCCAAAGGUGUCCGUCUUAGAGAGAGUUGACUGUAAUAAUAAGUUACAUCAUUAUUUAUCAUCUCAACUUCCCCUAGUUAACCCUAAGUGCUUUUAUUUUAAGAACUGCUUUGUAAAAUAAUAGGCUGUGCAUAUUAUUAUAACCUAGCACAUGAAUAUAUGAUUGGAUUUAUGAAUUUCAUUUAAACAGGGUUUUUGAUUACUUUUUUUAAUUCCUCAUUCUUAGUUUUGUAUCAUUCUUCAGAAUUUAAUCUGUAACCUUGUUGCCUUUUAUAUCCUUUUAAUAAACUGAACAAAGGUUAUUAUUAUCAUUACCUUUGGUUCUCCACUUUGGUAGCAUUUGCUUCAAUAUUAAAAUUUUAAUAUUUGUCGACAAAUAAUAGUGUAUGUGAAAAAUUAAAAGAGUCCCCUGGUUUAAAAUUCCUGUUGCAGAUCGCCCUCACAAUCCAAUGUUAAAUUCUGGCGCCCUUCUUCUGUGUGCACUUCAAAAGGUAUUUUAUAGGUAUUAUUGUAUGUAUUAAAUAUAUAAAUAAAUAAAUAAAAUAUAAACUGAUUUAAAUAAACUGAUUUAAAUCAACCUAUAUCAGCAGUGUAGAUAAGAAGAGCUCAUGACAAAUCUAGACUGGAAAACUACUUGGUAGUCGCCCUUGUAGUAACUCCCUGAUAAAACCUUAAGGAACUCGGAAAAAUUGGCCUUUACAAAAAGAGAAGGGUAGAGAACCACAGGGUAAACCUAUUGGAACACAAAGAUGCAUCUACAAGUGGUAACUCAUUCUGUGCUGAUUGAGAAAGCAGCCAACAUUUCGUGAAGCCACCCUUGGUCCCCCGGCGUAAUGAGAUCUGAGGAGCGAAGAAAUUCCAUAAUGAUGUUGCAUCACUACCCAGAUCUAGGUAGUGUUUCUGAUUGGUUGUGCCACAUGGGGAAUGUGCUUCAGCCAACCAGAAGCGCUACCCAGAUCUGGGUAGGAAUUCAUCGUUGGUAUGGGAUUUCUGUACUUGUUUCUAAGACGUCAUUUUGCGGGAAAACCCGUGGUGGCAUCACAAAAUGUCAACAUAUUUUCUCAGGCUUCUAUUGACAUUGUCAAUGUGAAAGAUUAGGGAACUUGAGCAAAGACAUUAUUGAGCGACGUACAUCGACCAGAAGUGAAGCCUUUUCUUGUUUAACAUGCCUAUAUUAAAUGCUACCAAAAUUUUACUGCUAAGUGUCCUUUCUUUUAUAAAGAAGAUUUGCUGAAAAUUUAGGUAAAACUGCUGCCCAAGGAUGCAAAAAGCCCAUGCACUUCUGGUUAACAUGUGUUGCUCAAAAAUGUCUUUGCUUAAGUUCGCUAUUCACUCGAUCUUUUUUGAAAGCAAUGACAGGGUUUUUGUCGCUAAGGGCCAAGGACUUGCGAUUUCCAAUGGCUGUUAUGAGCUUGACCCCCAGCUACAGUAGUUUUAACCCUUUAGGUCCUAAGAGUGAUCAACAUCAAUUUUCUCCUAACAAUAUCCAUACAUUGGCAAGAGAAAAGGUUAUGAGAAUUACUAAAUUGAUUCCCAAAGGGAAAAUGCUUUGAUCUCAAAUCAAAUUCUCUCAACUAUUCUUGAAAGAAAUGUAUGGAGGUCAGUCUGGAGAAUUUGUAUGUGGAUCGUGGGGCUUAAAAGGUUAAAGAAAACAAAAGGAAAACAGAAAAGCAGAGACCACAGAACUUUAAAACCAAACUAAUGGAUAUCAUAUUAAUUUUACUUUUAGCAUGUUGAUGUACUAAAGAUUCUUUUAACAUAGCCCAAAUUAAGUUCUGAUGUUGACCUCACAACCUCUUGUACCUCCAAAAAAAUUCUUAUACUUGCAGCCUGAAUGGCCGUUAGCAGACAGAUGUGAUUAUGUAAGUAUUAUGAAUAUGUAAUUAUUUUGCUUUAAAUUAAAUUGAUAUUACAGGUAACCGAGCAACUAAAAGUUUUUAAUUCUUUGAAAAUUUCUUUUGCAGGUUCAGAACAAAUUUAAACAGACAGCUGGAGGAGAAUAUGUUGGAUUUAGUAAUGCUACGUGAGUUUGUUGAUGCCAAUUUAGUUAUAAUUUCUAGAUCACUGCAUGAUCACAAGCCGGGGUGUGGGGGAGUACUGAACAAAGUUUUAUAUGGUAAGGCUUGCCCAGAGGUCCAAUCCCUUACCAUAUUAAAAAACAUUUUUGACUCCUUCGUAUACAUUCUAUAAUUAUCGAUGAAUGUUGCCCCCUUUGCAAACCUAGAUUACAGCUUUGCAUCCCUUAGCUUUCAACUGCUGUAAAUUCACUUUCACAGUUUUAAAAUCUGAAGAAAUCACAAACCAGAAUGUUUUCGCAACUUUUUACAGACUGAAAUGUCAGAUUUCCCUAGCUCUUUCAUGAUGAGAUCCCCCCCCCCCCAACACUUUCAAGUGCCUGAAGCCUGAAAAGGUUCCCCUUUCAGGCGGAGCCUCCCAUAUUAAGGCCAUUAUUGGGAGAAAUGUACCAGAAUCAGGGUCACAGUGACAGAACAUAGUAUCAAAAUGUUCCUGUUUGCUUCUAAAGCCACAAAUGUCUCUUUCGUUUAAAAUAGAAAAUAAUAAUUUUAGGGGUGAAAACUAGAUUGUGGGAAUCAUGUUAGAAGCUUGCAUGAGGCAGAAGUCUACUUACAUUAGCCUAAAUUCCCUUCACAUUGUGACUGGUUUAGUUCGUCUACUUUUGCUUGCAACUCCAACUUCCAGAUUAUCUUUCACUUAAUAAUAUUGUAAGCAACAGAGCCAAGUAGAAUCAGAUCACUCCUGUUUUCACAGUCUGUUUUAUAAAUAUUUCACAAUGCUCGGCACUUAUAAUAAUUCUGACUCUGUGUGGCUCUGCCUGUAGUGGAAAUCAUCUUUUGAAAUUACAAUACACCACGUUUUGUCUGAGAGCUAGAGUAUAGCAGCCUACUUGUAAGUACCUGACAGCCAAUACUGAAUUUUUUAAAAAAUAACUUCUUGAUUUCAGCUUCCUUUCUGAACGAGAAACUGCGGAUAGAAACUAUGCCCUGGGCUAUUACAUGAAUGCUCAUAAGGUGAAAUUUAAAUAUUUUAUAAGUUUGUACUGUGCAUGCAUAGCUUUUUUGCAGUUCACUGCACUGAAAAGCUCAACCUUAAGGCACUUAAAGUUUCGCAGUUGAUAUGUGGUAUAAUACACUUAUUCUGUUCAUCCUUGUAACAGGCUUUUCCACCAAAUACAAAUCUGAAGGAGACUUUUGAACUUUACUUUCACGUGAGUCAUUACAUUUUGAUGUCAAAAAUUCGUUGAAAUUAACUAGUUACAUGUUAACUAUUAUGAUAUUUAUAAAUUUACUAUACUUUAAUUUGAGUGGAGAUGUGUCCCUAAAGAGGGUAUCUAAUAGCCAGGGCUUGAGAGUUUUUACAUUUUUAGCCUGUAUCGGGUUGUCAGUGAUAAGAAGGUUAUUUAAAGGGCCAUUCAUUCAUGAUCUGUCUCCUGCUUCCAGGGGGUGGAGGUGGGGUGAGGUACAUGUACUUUACAAAUUUUUGGUGGGGAUGGGCUACUAGAACCCCACAACCUUCCUAUACCAUACCUACAAUGAGGGACAAAAGUGUUGACACACUUCCGUAAAAUGGCCCCUUUUUGCAUAGUGGAUAUACUUAUCCCCUUCCCCUGUCUACCCCAACCCCUUCCCCCCAAAAUCAAUGUUGAAUUUUGGACCCUCAAGUCUUUUUUUUACUUCAGACAACAUUGAUUCGGGGGUUCGGGGGAUUUACGGCGUUUAAAAGGAAUGAAAUAAUAAAUGAAUUAAAUGUUUGUUAAAAGCACCCGUUUUAAACAAGUGUGUCAACUACUUUUGUCCCUGAUUGUCUGAAAUACGUAUCUGUGUUUUCCAGCUAGAUUUUUGACACUGCUGAAUUUUUGUGCGAUGACGUUACUCUAUGGGCCAAAUUGUUUGUUUUUAAACAUCAAUUUUUAGAGUUUCAUCCUGAUUUGUAGUAUACGUAGAGUAAAAUGUACGAAGCGUAUGUCAUUACUUAAUCUUGUACCCCAGCGCGCGUUCCUGAUACCCUGUCGGGUCGAGACGAAAUGAUUUGUGUUGUGAUCAAUGCCAUUGCUGCGGAUGUAAUGUUUUCACAAGUAUUAUUAAUAGUGGAAAAAGGAUGGAAACAUUAAGGUACAAUGAAAAUUGUUCAGAUAAAUGGUUAACUUAAGCGAAUGAAGUACAGCAGAGUAACAGAGGGGACAUGCAAUAUUUUUGACAUUGACCUUUGCCAUUAGUGAAAGGACGUGAACAAUAUACAGGUUAUGAACCUCAUAAAUGAUGGGCCAGAUGUUUGUGCUGUGCCCUAUAUAUAGAUGUGUUUUUUUUAGACCUUUUGUAACCUAACUGAUCCAAACCUUUAGCGUAGGUAGGUGUCGAGGUUAGGAAUGUACUUUUGUAAUGAUUUUACAUGACCGCCUGCCAUUUAUUCAGUGGCAUGAUUGUUUAUUGAUGUUGGACGGACAACUAUUUCAUUUCCCAGCUCGUAAAUCACAUAAUUCCAAAGAAAUUGUUUUCAAAAUAGACACACCAGUUUGUAUCAUCGCCAAAACAGCAUUGACUUUGGCCCAGAAGUUCACCUGAUGACAAGCGAAGCGGGAUAACACGUGAUCGAGGACGGCCAUGCGCUGGAAAAUUUUCCUUUUUAAUGCGCUAAUUCCUGACAAAAGGCAAAAGAAGAUUCCGCUAUGCAGAAAGUGCUUCGCAAUACGUAUUCUUGGCGAGAAAAAUUCCAGCGAUGUGGUGCAAAUAAGAAGUUUCAACGGUUAACCACGAGAAUACAUAUCGACAUUAAGAGGUCAUAACAGACUAAUGUUACUUUCCGUUUGCCGAAAUGUGGUUAACCGUUGUAACACGAAGGAAGCAGUGUUUUCCUCAGUUUUAGCUGUCGUUUUCUUUGAGAGUCAAAUACCAGUUCACGUUUCAAAGCUCUCUUUUCAUUUUGUCUGCCGACAAUACACAAAAACACAGGGUUUCGCUUGAGAAAUGCAGUCAAAAUACACAGACAUAUGCGCUUAUGUCACGCUAUUUGCGUUGCGUUAUCAUGUCACACAGGGUGUCACUAGGUAGGAUUGAAAGUAAUUGUUUUCGUGUACACUUGCAAUGUUUGCAACACUGUCCUUAGUUUUUUAUUGAAUUGGCCAUGAAUUUACCUUCACUUUUCCGUAGUUUCGAUAUUGAACGCAGUGACGGCCGCUCCUCACUAACGCUCCAUAUUUCCGUGGCCGGCCAGUGACUAUCUCCACUACGUGUCAAUCCUUACCCUAUCCGUGAUCGUUUGGGCCUUAACAAUAGGAUAAAGUGAAGAACGAGAAAUAUCCACUUUAUUAAAAAUAUUUUCAGUACGUACCCCCUUGAAAUUCAUCAAAAGUUGUACAUAGGCGCGAGUUUCAGCGUCCGUUUUUAGCUUGUAAACCAUAUCGACGUUAAUUCUGGAUAUCGCAGCCCUUUUAUUACGUCAUCGCGUAAUUCGAAUUGGCCCUAUAAUUCGGCCGUGAAUGAGUCUAUGUCACCCCCACCACCAAUAACAUAAUCAUGUCAUUGAUUCCUUUAAUUUCAGUUAAAAUCAGUGUUAUACACGGCUCAACUUGUGUGCAGUAGCACAAUUUUGCAUUCAGACAAUGAGGGACAAAAGUGUUGACACACUUCCAUAAAAUGGCCCCUUUUUGCAUAGUGGAUAUACUUAUCCCCUUCCCCUGUCUACCCCAACCCCUUCCCCCCAAAAUCAAUGUUGAAUUUUGGACCCUCAAGUCUUUUUUUUACUUCAGACAACAUUGAUUCGGGGGUUCGGGGGAUUUACGGCGUUUAAAAGGAAUGAAAUAAUAAAUGAAUUAAAUGUUUGUUAAAAGCACCUGUUUUAAACAAGUGUGUCAACUAAUUUUGUCCCUGAUUGUAGUUCAGCUGAAUUUUGCUUCCCUAUAAAACUAAAUUCUUCAAAUCCCAUUCACCCUCUUUGCAGUUUCAGAAACCACUGAGCUCAACACUUUCUUGCUACAUACUGUAUAAACCGACGAGUUGGAGUUGCACUUUCAGUUUGUAAAAUUAUUUAAAUUUGCCAAUGUCAUUUUUUUGAGUGUCAGUUCCUGGUUUCUCUGGCUAGUUUUGGCUAAAAUAUUCAACCAUCAAUUUUUUUGUUUGUUUCCUAGAAAAUGAUAACCUUUUCUAGACCGAAGCUCUCCGAUUUCUGAACCCUAUCUCAGACUAAACUGUUUGAAAACCAUGCCCUUCACUGCAUGACAUACCUAUUUAUUGGCCCAUAUAAGGCAGUACCCCUCGUGGCCUGCUUCUCUCUUUUGAGAUUUUUCACUGAAGUAUCUCAUAUCCUACUUUUUAGACUUGUUCAAUAGAGACAAACUGUGAUGCUGGGAGUGUUAUGGCUGCAACUUUGGCAAAUGGAGGAAUUUGUCCACUGACUGGUCAAAAGGUCACCCCAUAAUAAUGGCAACAAUAUUUUAUUUAUUUAUGACGUUUGCCUAAAAGCAAGUCGCCUCAUAUUCUAUUGAGAAAAAAAGAUGAAAGCAAGUUGCAAAUUUUGUUGCUUACAUUAUUUCUUAAGGAAUCACUGAUCCUUUGACAUGCUAAUUAAAGUAUUCCAUAUACUAGGGUGUAAAAUAAGCAUGAAUGACGCUUACAACAGUUACAUUUUUUACAACUUUUCUUUAGUGAUCUUGCAUUAGUUUAAUAGCUCAGUGACGCCACGAGCAUGAACAAAAUGCUACAGUGUUACCAUUCAAAUAAUACUGCUGGUGGGACUUUUGGAUAGUAAAUAAUCAAUUCUAAUGAUUUUUACAAAAGCAUUUUAAAUUUUUGUUACUAGUUUUUUACUUUGGCAAUUAUUGGGAAUGAAAGGGUGACAAAUUACUGUAUCUUUUAUAACUCUUUAGGUGUUCAGUUCAAGAACUGUUCAACACACUUUGUCUUUAAUGCACUCUUGUGGAAUGUAUGAUUACUCAGGACAGUUUGCUUUUCACGUAAGGAUAUCAUCAUCAUUAUUAUUGUUGCUAUUGUUGUUGUUAUUGUUAUAAAUAUUUCUCCAACUGAUCCCCCGACAUUUCUUAAUUUGUUAAAAUAUCAGUUGUAAGCAUUUUUCCCUUUGGUUGCUAUUUUACUCAUUUUCACAUCGUUUUCUCUUAAUUAUGUGUUGAUAUUGUAAGAAAAAAAAAAUAGAUGUUGGACUUUCUGAUCUUUGGACCAUGCAAACAGUAGCUUUAUAUUAACCCCACAUUAACCCUUUACACCCCAGCAGUGUAUGACACACAAAUUCUCCAGACCAAUCUCUAUACAAUUCCAUAAAGAAUUAGGUGGAGAAUUUUUUUUAAAAAAUCAAACCAUUUUUUCCUUUGGAGAUGAUUUUGUUAAUUCUCAUAACCAUUAAUAUUUCUCUUGAUUAUGUAUUGAUAAUUCAGUAAAGGAGAAAAUUGAUUGUGGACACUCUUAAGACUUUUAGACAGGGUUAAUUGAAAGGGGCUGUGUCACGAGGAAAUUGCUGUUUUUGGUCAAUUUUGUGCUAAGGUCUUACUAUAGUGCCUUUACCCAUUCACAAAAUUCUCCUGUAGAGUUUGUUACGAAGAGGAUAUCAAAGAAAUUUCAUCAGGGAGCACUAUCCCUAAUAAAUUUUGGUGAUGUGUUGGCCCAAUUUUGUCAGGCUUCAAUCCAUGUCUAUCCUCGCUAUAUAUCAUUGCCUAUUCUUGAUAUAAAAUUCUCUGUUCAGUUACUUUAUAAACCCAUAAAUAGUAAAACAAACCCGGAGAGAUUGAAUGAGUUAAUAUCAUUAUGAAAAACAACAUAUGCCUUGAGAGGAAAGGACAUUAAAAGUACCAAAGGUUAACAUAACAUGCUUUGGGCUCAAUUCCUGGCAGUAUCAGGCACCCAAGAUCUGGAACAGCUUGCCCGAUGUCAUAAGAGCAUCGUCUGAUUUUAAAACGUUCAAAAAACUGUUAGAAAAUGAGUCAUUAUUUUAGUAUCAAUGAAUCACCUUUUUAAUCAAUUUUGUAUGUAGUUUUUUAAUAAUAUUUUAUGUAUAUAACUUCAUUUUAAUUGUAAAUAGUUUUUCAGCAUUGUUUUAAUCAUGUUUCAAGGAACUUAUAAUGUUUCAUUUACAGUGGUAUACCUGUGAAUUAGCUGGUGAAGUUUUCUUUUUUAACUUAAACCCACAUAGCUAAGAGUAUGUGCCACUUAAAAUAAAGCUCUUAUCUUAUCUUCUCUCAUCAUCCAUAGAAACAGAUCGACAUGAAACAGUUUUAAUGCCCAAAUGUAGUCUUACACACUGAACCAGGACCAUUUUUGGGGGGGAUUGAAUUGGUGCAAAGACAUUUUUAGCCUUUAAAAAAAUAGUGACUAGCAAUGACAAAGCCCCUCUAAGACCUUAUAUUCAAAACUAAGCUGCUGGUACUUUCUUUGUACUUAUGCAGGUGGGCUUACCAGCCAAAUCAGGAGUAAGCGGUGCUAUUUUGAUUGUAGUACCCAAAGUGUGUGGCAUGAUGAUCUGGUCACCUCCACUUGAUCCACUAGGUAACAGUGUCAGAGGAAUGCAAUUUUGUAAGGUAAUUUAAAAAUAAUUAAUGGUUAGUAUUUCAUGACCAAAAUACAAUGAAUCAAAUAUAAUGUUAAUGUUUAGUCUUGAGUUUAAAUCUAACAAAAACAGUGCUGAAUUUAUGCCACCAAUUAUUUUCUUGGCCAAAACUAAUUAUUAUUAUAUAUCUUUGACAGGAACUUGUAAAGGUGUUUAAUUUUCACAAGUAUGAUUUGAAGGGUGUUAUAUCAGGUAGAAAAAUUGAUCCUCGCUGGAAACGUGCAGAGGUCCAGGUGAGAGUGAAUACUUAUUGAUGUUUUAGAGGCCUGUUCAGGUGGCAUGGUUCCAUUUCAUUAUAUUCAUGACCAAAGUUGUUUCUGUCACAUUAGCUCUUUGCACUUUUAUAAUAGUUAUUUAUUAUCAACAUAGAUAAAUAUAAGACAAAUAUUAGAGUCUAUUUACAAAAGCAAAUGGUGCAACAUUUUUUUUUACAAGGGAGAAAAAGUUGUUUCCCUGUUCUAUGCAGCAAGCAAUGGAGAUGUGACAGCUUUAAGAAGGUGUGUAUACUAAAUUUACAACUGAUAAUUUAAACUGUAUUCUAAGUUCAGGAAUGUAAGCUCAGUGUUAGUAAGAACCAUGUGUAAGCAUAAUAUUAAUCCCACUAGCAAUACAAGCUCAAGUGCAUUGCCAAGCAUGGGACCCUAAAUAAACUUGUUUAAUUAACUGUUGUGGCCUCAUCGCAAGCAAUUAGUGUAUAGUGAUCAAAAUUAUUUUUUCCUUAAAUUUUCUGGGGUUUGCCCUUGUGUCAACAUUGAUUCUUGUAGACUCUUACUAAUGCUUGGGCUUCGGCUUGCAUAAUGUUUAUAAUAUUUUAUUAUCAAACCUUCCGAUAUUUCAGGUAUUAUUUAUCUGGUAAGGACAUGACACAACAGAAUUAUGAUGGACGGACAGCUUUACAUGUUGCAGCGGCUCAAGGUAAAGGAAACUUAUCGAGGUUAAAAGGAAUUGCUAUCCAUAUCGUGCGUGGUUACCACUCACAGGGUUGUCAUGGUUACUGUCUGCACUCGCGUGCAGCUUCUUUUAGGCAUUUUCCCCACACCCAUCAAUAUUAAACUGUACAACAGCAGUGGCUGUACAAUAAUAUUUAUAUCCUAAGUAUUGUCUUUUGAUUCAAAAUUAUUUUGUAUUAUGAGACAGUACCAAGAAUAAUUCAUAAUAAUUAUUUUUCUUUAGAUUUGCAUCCCACCACAGGUCAACAUGCAGCAAAAAUAACAAUAAAAUAGUAAAUAAUUAAAUGACCUAUAAUUAACCAGUUGACUUCAGGCUUUGAUGGCAGAUACCCACAAAAUUUGCUUCCUCAAUCCCCUAUUUUUCAUUUGUUAGCCUGCCUUUAAUUGGUUUGGCACUAGCUGUACAUUGAUAAUAAAAAUAAGUAAUCUAUUUAUUUUAAUAAAUUGUGCGUGAUAAAAUUACAUCUUGAAAAAUUAAAAUUCUUUAAGGCUCUGUUAAAAAUGAUUCACGUUCCUUCCUGGCUUAACACCAUCACCAACAAGAAAUACAUGUUGCUGUAUCCUGUCAUAGCUGUAGGUUUUGUGUUUUAGCUGCUUUUACAUGUUACAUUUUGAUCUAUCUCCUUUUGGGCUACAAGGUCAUGACAAAGUGGUCAGGUUUCUGCUUGAGCAGUGCAAUGUUCCAGUUGAUCUAAAAGACAGGUAACUAAUGUUUGUAAACUAAAUUCUCAUUGAAGGUUAGCCCAUUCUUGGUCAAUAUUAAGGAUUGCAUGCAUUGUAAAACAGCAAUAAUAUUAUGAUUCACUCAAAAUAUUUCUCUGUUUCUGUUGGCCUAAAUUGUCAUGACAACAGCAACCUUUGAUCAAAUUUGGAAGAAAUAUGAGUCACUUUUACAGUUAUGCUCGGUUCGCUCAGCUUUGUUAGCUGGAGAAAAUGGGGGGAAAUUUCACACUUUUUUUGAAGCAGUAAUACCUGUUAUGAAUUAAAUCAGUUCCCAAUAGCAACAUGUCCCCUAAGUGUGUCCCCCCUUAGGGAAUCCCUCAUGGCGAUAUUUGACUUUUCUUUUCAGUGAAUCAAUCUAUCUAUUUAAUGCUUGUAACCCAUGUUUAAGAGAAAAUGGAGCAACCAAAUUUCAAUGUGUCAAUAAAGUUGAAUUGUUAGAAAACUGAGUAAUGAGUUCACCAGAGCCGUGAACUGAUGACAGUAAUACCCAAACCACAGCCUAAAACUAUUAAUAGCAGAACUGUAAUAACUGAACAGCAAAAAUACCACUUAACAGAUUACAACGGCGAUUUGAAAACAUACCUUGUUAUAAUGCUGAAUUUAUCAAGUUGUGAUCGAUGAUGGGAACUUUAUGUCAAUCAAUGUAUCAGUAUGUUUCAGUGAAGGUGGAAAUAAUAUUAUUUUGAAUGAAUUAUUAAACAAUAUUAAUUUUGGAUUUGGCUUUCAUAUGAAAUAAGGAAUUUAUUAGUUUAUAAUGCAUAGGAGAUCUGCAUGAUUUUUAUACACAAUGUACUGAAUGUCUUCUCGUUAGCUAAUAAAGAGCUGACAGUUAAAUUUUGGAAAUCAGGACAACCUUUUGAUUUGUUAGUUAUCAGCUAGCACAUUCAUUUGAACAAGCUGGAACAAGCAGCUUGAAAAAAAUUCUGAGAUUUUUUAAUUACACAUUAGAUAAAAAGAAACCUUACACAGUAUUAGGAGACUGCAGUGUCAAAUGAAUUUGUUUAUUCUGUUAUCAUUUAAUACAGAUGGGGUUCCACACCACUUGAUGAAGCAACAAGGUUUAACUACCAGUCCUGUGCAGACUUGAUAAGACACCAUCUUCAGUUACAAGGAAAAGUGAUUGCUUGAUUGAAAAAUAAAUCAAUAUUUAAAAGUCCUAACAGUAGCCUUUUUAUGAAACUAAGGUGUGCCACCAGUUAAUAAGGUCAAAUGCAUAAUGGCCUGUUGCAUUUGGUGGCUGUGUUAACAGGGUUCCACUCAAUCAUUAUUUUAUCCUUUACAGAAUACUAUCUUUCUAUAUCUAAAGAAAAAGGACUAUACAUGGAAUACAGAAUUUGUAAAUAUUACCAGUAUUUACUAUAAUAAUAACAAUAGCAAUAAACUUCGUUCAAUAUUGAUGAAGAACACAGUACAAAACAGAAUGCGGAAGAAAAGAAAAAGGAAAUUAAAAUCAUGUUACAUACAUUGUAUUAUUCUUUCCAAGAAGAAAUAUUUAAAGCAAAGUCUAUUAUUGCAAAGCAUUUCUUAAAGUGCUCAGUGUUUAAAUCUACAGGAAAUUGAGAUGACUAUGCUCACAAGCCUGUACAUGUGAGUAGAGUCCUCUACCGUCAGCAAGGCAAAUAUGUGUGGUGUUUGUCCUUAAUUGUCUUUAUUACUGACAAUAACAAACUUAUUAUAGAAUUCUAUUGCUAAGCCAAAUUAUUUUAAAAGCAUAGGCUAUUUACAAAGCAGUUGUUAAAGUGCACAGGAAAUUGAGAUGACUCUUCUCAUACGCCUGUGAGUCUAUCACAAGCCCGUGAGAUGAGUCCUUCACUGUCAACGAGAUAGUGGGUAGUGUUUGUCUUUGAGUCAUCUGUCUUUAUCUUUACUGCGAAAAUGAGACAUUAUAAUAACAUUUUUAAGUCUUUUUGAUUUGCUCGCCACUGAAAAAUCACAGUAUUAUGUUCAACCUCAUCCAACAGUUGUCAAAUACAGUAGAACCCCAGUUUAAUAACUCAAACUCUGAAGGGACACAAAAUACAGUUCGAGUUAGCAGGGGUUCGAGUUAUCGGGGUUGAUCGAAACAUUCAAUUUGCCACAUUAAAAGAAUGAUAGUUUGGAUUUUUCAGCACUUCAGUGUCUGUUGCAGUGCAAAUUUGACUUCUUUCAUCAGAAACAGUAACAUGAUUAGAACAUGUUUUAUGAAAAACAUGAUCUGUUCGUUUCACCAAUUAACAUCAAAUAUAUUUUUAAAGCUUAAGUCCGGCUUUAUUGUUAGUUAUAGUGUUUUUAUCCUUGUACAUCAAGAAGAGCUAAUGGGAUGGCAUCCAAGUGGAGUCACAAGAACCAGACUUUGAGUUAUUGGGGUAACUUUUAGUGUUUUUUCUAGCAAGGGAAAGGAAAGUUAGUUCAAUAGCAGGAAAUUCGAGUUAUCUGAGUUUGAGUUAACUGAGUAAAAAUGACUGUCAAGUGGGG